GAGUGUCGAUCGAUAGUGACAACUCUAGUCGGCCCCUCACGACGACGCCGCGUAAAAUAUUUUUGUUUCCCCCGCAUUCGUUGAAAAACCGCCGAAAGUGUUUGUUUUUAUGUGUGGUGCGCGUCCCAGGCCAAUGCAAUCGAGUCCGCAACUGCUUUUGCUGACCGCCUAACGCCGCCAGAGACAGAAAAUAACAGUAAUGCGAAAGACCCGCUCGCAGACGGCUCGCACGCAGGCGGAAAAUGCCGCAACAUCCCCGAGCCCCGGACACCAAUCAACGUCGUCAGCGCCAAUAGCAGUGAAUCCCUUUGAUGCGGGCAAGUACAAGGAAUGUGAGCAAAUGGUGCAGAUGCUCCGAGUGGUCGAGCUGCAAAAAAUACUGUCGUUUCUGAACAUCUCCUUCGCUGGACGAAAAACCGACCUGCAGAGCCGCAUCCUCUCGUUCCUGCGCACCAACUUGGAUCUGCUCGCCCCGAAGGUCCAGGAAGUCUACGCCCAGUCCGUUCAGGAGCAAAGCGCCACGCUGCAGUACAUCGACCCAACCAGGAUGUACUCGCACAUCCAGCUGCCGCCCACCGUGCAGCAGAAUCCGGUGGGCCUCGUGGGCGGCGGCCCGGGCGUCCAGGUGCCCGGCGGCCAGAUGAACGUGGUCGGCGGUGCACCCUUCCUUCACACACACAGCAUCAACAGUCAGCUGCCCAUCCAUCCCGAUGUGCGGCUGAAGAAGCUAGCCUUCUACGAUGUCCUCGGCACACUGAUCAAGCCUUCGACGCUGGUGCCACGCAACACUCAGCGCGUCCAAGAGGUGCCUUUCUACUUCACACUCACGCCCCAGCAGGCCACCGAGAUAGCCUCCAAUCGCGACAUCCGCAACAGCUCCAAGGUGGAGCACGCCAUCCAGGUGCAACUUCGCUUCUGCCUGGUGGAGACCUCGUGCGACCAGGAGGAUUGUUUUCCUCCUAACGUCAAUGUCAAGGUCAACAAUAAGCUCUGUCAGCUGCCAAAUGUCAUUCCUACAAACCGACCAAAUGUGGAGCCCAAGCGUCCGCCGCGUCCCGUCAACGUCACCUCCAAUGUAAAGCUGUCGCCAACCGUCACCAACACCAUUAUGGUGCAGUGGUGUCCGGACUACACGCGCAGCUACUGCCUGGCCGUUUACCUGGUGAAAAAACUCACCUCCGCACAGCUCUUGCAGCGAAUGAAGACUAAGGGAGUUAAGCCGGCUGACUACACCCGCGGGCUGAUCAAGGAGAAGCUGACGGAGGAUGCCGACUGCGAGAUAGCUACCACCAUGCUUAAAGUGUCACUCAACUGCCCGCUGGGCAAGAUGAAGAUGCUGCUGCCGUGCCGAGCCUCAACCUGCUCGCACCUGCAGUGCUUCGACGCCAGUCUCUACCUGCAAAUGAACGAGCGCAAGCCCACCUGGAACUGCCCCGUCUGCGACAAGCCGGCCAUUUACGACAACCUAGUCAUAGAUGGCUACUUCCAGGAGGUAUUGGGCUCGUCGCUUUUAAAAAGCGAUGACACCGAGAUCCAGCUGCAUCAGGAUGGCUCGUGGAGCACGCCAGGACUGCGCAGCGAGGCACAGAUCCUAGAUACACCAUCGAAGCCCGUUCAGAAGGUUGAGGUUAUAUCAGACGAUAUAGAGCUUAUAUCGGACGAUGCCAAGCCAGUAAAGAGCGAUUUGUCCCCUGCACCGGACGAUCAGCCAACAUCCACGUCAAACAGUGAAACUGUUGAUCUGACGUUGAGCGAUUCCGACGACGACAUGCCUCUGGCCAAGCGUCGUCCUCCCGCCAAGCAAGCCGUCGCCAGUUCCACGUCGAACGGCAGCGGUGGCGGCCAACGUGCCUACACGCCGGCACAGCAGCCCCAGCAAUCCGAAUCCCCCGAACAGCAGGCCCGUCGCCAGUCGCCAGAGAUGCAGCCAGUCUUAGAUCAGGAACUGCAGCAGCUGCAGCAGCAACAGCAGCAGCAGCACGACCAGCCAGCGGCAGCAGCUGUCCAUGCCUCUCUACUGGAAUCCCUGGCUGCUGCGGUCGCGGAUCAAAAGCACUUCCAACUAUUGGAUCUGGCUGCGGUUGCGGCUGCUGCAGCUGCCACGGCGUCCUCCGGCCAGGGUCAGAAUGCCGGCCCGUAGGCAGGACCCACCCACAUCCAUCGCACAUCUCAUGGCACGCUCCUCACCCCCAAGACUCUUGCUUUCUCUUGCCCAGUUUCUAUUUUCCCGUCCUCUUCCGGCGGCACAAGGCCAGCAGAUCUUACCUCAGAGGCUAUUCUUCGGCGUUCCAUUCGCAGUCACCACCUCACAUCAUUCAUACGCUCUUAAUCGCGACCCACCCACUGAUGCUCGAAAUUCUUGUGUUGCAGGACGCAGGCAGAACAGACAUGCCUUAUAGGAGCGGGUCCCCAUGUCCCCAUCCCCAGUGGCAGGUGCUGCAACCCCUUUGGCCAGAUUGUCGCUGCCCCCUUACAGUUGGCUCACUCAACUUGGUUAUGUCCCGUGUCUUUCGUUUCUGUGUCGUCUCGAGUAGUUGUGUUACGCUUUCGCAGGGUUCUCAGCAACACACACUGACCACCUGAACACUUAAACACCUGAACAUUUGACCACCCCACAACACCAACUGAAAUAAUCCUAGAUAUUACAAUUACACAAACUAGCACCAGCAUUCAUUAGCAAUUACCAUAGGAAACACAAUUAAUUUAUUUUUCUUUUGCAAUCGAAGCGGGUGCUGAAUGAUCGCAGCGGAGCCCGGAGAAAUUAACCGCCCUACGCAUUACUAACCUAACAACUAAGCGUACACCUAAAUCAGAUGUUAAUCUUAAGUUCUGCCAAUGCAAGUUGGCCGUAUUCCUAUUCCUAUGCACGAAGCGAGAGAGGAGACAGGCGAGGCGGCAGCCAGCCGCGGCACCGACAUUUAAGUUAGUUAAGUUAUUUUAGUUACUUUAGUGAAACUACGGAUACCGAACGAAUAGAGGCGCAGUGGUGUGGAGUGGAGGGUGCUGCUUGCAAGUGCGUAUUUAUAUUGUGUUGCAAGCCAGGGCGAAAUUGCAUUAAAUGUUCAUGAUGUGUAUUGGCAACAAACGAAUGAUUUUUUAUUGAUGAAAAUCGAUUGAAUGUGGCGGAUUUAAGGGCAUGACCAGACGACCAGACGUCAAGCUAGACACACAACUUACUCGUUUAUUGAAGCUCAAACCGUACCGCCACGGAUUUAUAUGUUAAGAAAAUGAUUUUAAAUUGAUUGCUUUGACUUUGAUUUGAUGCCAAACCCCUUAAAUAUCAGACCGAACAAAUAUGAAAUCAAUGUACAAGGAGAUGUGUACUUUAACUAUAAUAUUAAACAAUUUUCAACCAA